AUGGGCAGAGCAGGAGGUUCGAAAUUUAGGAAGCAGAGACAUGAUCCUCUCAUGAAAGAUCUGGAUUCUGCGCAAGGUACUUUGAAGAAAGUGCAGAGGAAGAAGGAUCAGGACGACAAUGAUGCAGAAUCUGAGGGCUUCGUUGACUCUAAGGCAUCGAGAAAGAUUUUGCAGCUAGCAAGAGAGCAGCAGGAUGAGAUUUCCAGGGAAGAAGACGAAGAAAUUCAGUCAGCAAGAAAUGAUUUGGCUCGGUACAAACAUACCGCAUACGAUGAAGAUGAGGACGAGGAAAGCGAAGGUGCUGGUGGCAUUUCCGAUUUUGAGCCGGAAGGUGAGUACGUUGAGGAGGAGGAAGAAGUUGUGGAUAUCGAUGAAGAGGAUGCGGCAAUGUUCGAGCAGUACUUUAAAGGAUCUGAGGGUUUCAACUCUAUGAGUGGUAGUUACAAUUUGGCAGACAAAAUUAUGGCAUCAAUCAGAGAGAAAGAGAUGGAACAUGAAGGUGGGGCCAUUCCUCAUGAGGCAGACGAGGCUCAACAGGAUAAUAUGCAAGGUGAAGGUGUUGCACUUCCUGAAAAGGUCAUCAGAGCCUACAGUACUGUCGCAACAAUCUUGCAGACUUGGACCCACGGGAAGUUACCCAAAUUGUUCAAAGUUAUUCCUUCUCUGAAAAACUGGCAGGAUAUUCUGUACGUUACAAAUCCUGAACAAUGGUCUCCUCAUGUGGUUUAUGAAGCUACGAAAUUAUUUGUUUCUAAUAUGACUGCCAAGGAAGCUCAAAAGUUUGUUAAUUUGGUGCUUUAUGAACGUUUCCGUGAAAAUAUUGAGACGAGUGAUGAUCAUUCAUUGAAUUAUCACAUUUAUCGAGCUCUAAAAAAGUCGCUGUAUAAGCCAAGCGCUUUUUUUAAAGGUUUUCUAUUCCCAUUAGUUGAAUCUGGUUGUAACGUUCGUGAGGCCACUAUUGCUGGAAGUGUUUUGGCUAAGGUCUCCGUUCCAGCAUUGCAUUCUUCAGCAGCUCUAAGUUAUUUAUUGAAGCUACCGUUCUCACCUGCUACAACCGUCUUCAUUAGAGUCUUGUUGGACAAGAAAUACGCAUUGCCAUACCAAACCGUGGACGAAUGUGUCUAUUAUUUCAUGAGAUUUAGAAUUUUAGAAGAUGGAAAUAAGAGCGAAGAUUGUAACAUUGUACUACCAGUGGUAUGGCACAAGGCAUUCCUGACAUUUGCUCAAAGGUAUAAAAAUGAUAUCACGCAGGAUCAAAGAGACUUCCUGCUUGAGACUGUUCGUCAAAGAGGUCACAAGGAUAUUGGACCUGAAAUUAGAAGAGAGCUUCUCGCAGGAGAAAGCAGAGAGUUUGUGGGAGGAGCCGACGAAGUCAAUGAUUUGAUGAUUGACGUCCGCUGA